CGAGUGGAGCGAGCGAGCCGAGUGGUUGUGUGUUCGCGUCUCGGAGACCGGUAGCGCUUGCAGCAUGGCUGACCAACUGACUGAAGAGCAGAUUGCAGAAUUCAAAGAAGCUUUUUCACUAUUUGACAAGGAUGGUGAUGGAACUAUAACAACAAAGGAAUUGGGAACUGUAAUGAGGUCUCUUGGGCAGAAUCCCACAGAAGCAGAAUUACAGGACAUGAUUAAUGAAGUAGAUGCUGAUGGUAAUGGCACAAUUGACUUCCCGGAAUUUCUGACAAUGAUGGCAAGAAAAAUGAAAGACACAGACAGUGAAGAAGAAAUUAGAGAAGCAUUCAGUGUGUUUGAUAAAGAUGGCAAUGGCUAUAUUAGUGCAGCAGAGCUCCACCAUGUGAUGACAAACCUUGGAGAGAAGUUAACGGAUGAAGAGGUUGAUGAGAUGAUCAGGGAAGCAGAUAUUGAUGGUGAUGGUCAAGUAAACUAUGAAGAGUUUGUACAAAUGAUGACAGCAAAGUGAAGACAUUGUACAGAAUGUGUUAAAUUUCUUGUACAAAAUUGUUUAUUUGCCUUUUCUUUGUUUGUAACUUAUCUGUAAAAGGUUUCCCCCUACUGUCAAAAAAAAUAUGCAUGUAUAGUAAUUAGGACUUCAUUCCUCCAUGUUUUCUUCCCUUAUCUUACUGUCA